GUGUCAAUCUCUCUCUCUCUCUCUGUCCCUCUAGUCUCCCUGUUCAAACUCUAUUGCUUGUUGAUUUAGUUUUCUUUCUCUUGAGAAAUUUUAUGUGGCUCAGGGGUCAUAAAUGGAGAACAAGGAACGGAGCUGGUGGCUACGCUGUCGGGAAUGGAUAUGUCGAUUGCCGAAAAAACCUAAUUGAUGAGCAUAGUGGUCUUUGCGAGGAACACCACCCGAGCAGCAUUGCCAAUCAUGCAGGUGAAGAAGAUUUUGAUAGUGAAGUUGAGAAAUCCUGCACAGAAAAUGAUGUAUUUGAUUGGUUACAUGAGACUUCCUCAUCUGAUGAGGACUUUCAACCAGAGACUACCAUCGAGGACGACUUAAUGAAGGGCUUUUGGAUAGACUCUAAGAGAUCGUUGAUGUUGAUGAUAUGGUUGAAGGAAUUGUCGAACUCUUCCAGGAAGCUAAGCUGGUGAUGGGGAGAAUAUAUACCGACAGAAGGAGAGGGGGAGAGAGCAAAAGGCUGAACAGAAUCUGCACGCACGCACGCACGCAAUUCUUGUCCCAUUAUUACAUAUGGAGUAUAUAAUUUUAACUUUCUAUUUUACUCUAGAUGAUUGAUAUAACAAACCCGAAAAUCCCAAUAAAACAUUCACUUUUCUUCUA